UCCAUUAUUUCUGUAAAUACAAGGAACAAUAAUAUUAGUUCUCUAAAAAACCUUCGUUUGGUUUUCGUGUCGAUUUGUGUAAAAACAUGUCAAAAUACACGGAAUACUCCGAUCAGCGAUUGUGUACUAGCUGUUUCGACGCAUAUGGAACGUGUCAAACUUGUACUGAAUGUGGGUGUCUGUGCUGUACCAGCUGUUCAAAAGAACCGACUGAACUCAUUUCGCUAUUCAAUGCACCGUCCGUCCUUUGCCGGCGAUGCUUCUGCAUCAGACAAUCAAAUGAAGAAAUUGUCCAUUGUGAGGUGCAUCCGGACCGCUGCCGGGAUCUGUAUUGUCUGACGUGUGACAUGCAGAUAUGCUGUGACUGUUUUAUUAAGCAAUCGGAUCACAAGCGGCACACCAUCGACAGCGUGGAAGUAAUUUACCGUCAGAAACUGCUGGAGACGGUCGAGAAAUUUCAACAGGUUCCCAAACACCUGAAAUUGAUUGAUUGGAAUACAAUUCGUCAAGCGGAUGAAAAUUUGAAGAUGGUCGAAGAAGUCGAGCAGCAGAUUCUCAAGGACAUACAUCAGCUGGUACAACAACAAACGUCAAGUAUGUUGGCUAGAACGGCAGAAAAAAGAGAAAUCCUUAUUCGCACUAAGGGAAUAAUCGGACGAACAGAACUACAGCAACGAGAGGCUAUGGAACAAAUCCAAACGUUGAAUACAAACAAUUUUCUCCGACUUCAAGAAUCGUUGAACAAAAGAUGCGAUAGAAUUUUGAAAGAUUUGGAACAAUUGCACCUCGAACCGGUGCGUUGGGAUGAUAUUCAAUGCGAUCUUAUACCGACCUGUGAGUUGCGAACAGUAGUUUUCAACAUCUCAAAGGAUCCGGUUUUGGAGCAAAAACCAGUCACAAUUCAUCUGAUGGAUGGUUGUGGAAUUCAGUGGACCGUGAUGUUCCAUCUUGGUCCGCUUACGAUAGGAUUAGAAAUGUAUCCCAAUCAGAUGUUGAAGGAUUUUCAGUUUAAGACAUUCGUGGAAUUAUCUCAUGCAACGAAAAUAAAUGCAACCGGGGCCAGUUUCAGCUUCCGUGAAUCUAUGGCUCGCACUGAACUGAUUUCAAUUGAUAAGCUUCAUGUUGGUGGCUAUUUGUCGAGCGAUGGAGAUUUUAUACUAAGAAUCGGCGUUCGCCCCGAAAACAUUCUUGAAGAAAACCGGCUAGUAAAAAUGUUAUUACUUGACCAACGGAAAACAAAAGAUCUUUUGCUAGUGGAAAUAGCUGCACUCGAAAAUCAGAACUUCAUUUUGCAAGCGGAUAAUUUAAAAGCCAAGUCGGAGUUGAAUGCGGUGAUGGCAUCGUACGAAUCCGAAGUGUCGAAUUUAAAGAAAGAAAUUGCAGAGCUGAAGCAAGCAGCCGACGAAUGCCCAACCACACCGACCAGUUUGGGCAGUUUUUCGUCGUCGCCAACGGACGAUGCUAAGCAGAAGCUGCUUCUUGAUUUGAAACGAUUGCAAGCCAAACUGGACACGAUGAAGAUUUCGAUGAAAUCGAUGAAUCCUUUUGCAAUCGGAAGUUUUGAAAUAUACCGUUGGUCGAAAGAGGCCAAAUUCUACUCUCCUCAUCUUACGUCGUAUAAUGGAAUCACGAUUUACGUCGUCAUACAGCCUAACUUCAUAAGUGACACCAAUUCGGCAGUUAAUGCCUACAUCUGCUGGGCGAAAGGAUCGAAGAAAAAGUGCGAAGUGUUUAUGGAAGUGGUGAACGAGUACGAGGAGAAAUGCGUCCGGGAGAAUCGAAUGUUUGAUUUUUCCAAGGGAACCAGCUUUUCGUGGAAGUAUGUGAUCACACAUUUCGACUUGUUUCGCGAGGGUGGUUUUCUGGGGGAUGAUAAUCUUAAGAUCAAAUUUGGUUUGCGACCUUCGCUCGACUGAGGAAUUGAUGUUAAUUGGAUGAUACGUUUGUUGAAGGGAUUCGCGUCUGAAGUUGAACUGUGAAAGUUAUCGUUUCUGUUGUUCAUUUUAUUAUUUUGAUAUUUUUUUGUUUUUUUAUAAGAUUUUUUUUACCAAUGAACGAUUGUCAUUUCAAAUGUUUCGACUGAGUC